AUGGACUCCUCCCUCCUCAAGGCGACGGCGGUUGCCACGGUGUUGGCCGUCCUCGCCGCCACGGCGAGGGCAGCGGCCGGCUCCUACAUCCCCACAAUCGACGCCGCCGACUUCUUCCUGUGGGUGGCAGCCAACGCCAUCGUCGUCGUCAUCUGGCUCCUCUCGUCCUCCUCCCGCCGUGGCAGGACCGACGACGACGACGACGGCUCCUCGUCCUGGGCCGCCGCCGUGGAUAGCAGCAUCUACACGUCCUCGUCCGAGUACGAGGCUGCUUUCUCCGACGCGGGCAGCAGCAGCGCCCGUCGUGCGGUCGAAGUGCCGGCGUCGAGGAGGAGGAUGCCCCGGGACCGGGAGGCGAGGGCGGCCGGGAGAGCCGACCGCCCCCGCGUGCGCAAGAAACCGGCCGGCCAUGAGGUCGUGCCGAGCGCGAGGGCGGUCUUCGCGGCGGCGGCACGCGAGCCUGAUGAAGACAUACGCCGUAACCGCGAGGAGACGCUCGCAGCCUUCGCCGCCACGGCCGCCGAGCCCAACAGGCCCGGCGGCGACGGUGCCGACGACGACGAGGACGUGUCCAUGGACUCGCUGUGGGAGUCCAUCGUGCAGCGGCGCGCGGCGCGUCCGGUGGUCGUGCGGAAGAGCGAGUCGUGGGGCAACGAGGAGCUGCCCCGGCUGAAGCGAGUGGCCGAGACGGCGGCGACGACGGCGCGCCGGGAGAUGCGCAAGUCCGUCUCGGCGGUCAGCAAGGCUUCGGUUCCUCCGCCGCCACCGCAGCCGGCGGCGCCGUCGGCGGUGCGGCAACUGGGGUGGCGCACGCGGGACGUGCUCGUGGCGAUCACGCCCGACGAGCUGCUGCGGCGCGCGGAGAGCUUCAUCCGGCGGCAGCACGAGCACCUGCGCCUGCAGCGGCAGGAGUCCGAGCAGCGCCAGCUUCAGCUCCAGCGCCGCCUCCACGCUCCCGCCCUCAUCCGCGUCUAG